ACUCUUUGAGGUUGGUCUGUGGUCGAAAUGAGUGUAGUUUAUUAUUGUACGAAUUUUGUGAAAAUUGUUUUUUACUAAAGUCUUUGCCGAUUACGUACACUCUACAAUAUUACAAUGUUUAAGUUACUUGGUCGUAGAGGAUGUCGUAGUGCCAUCAGUAAGGUGUUUUGUGACAAAUUUGAGGUUAGGAAUGCGAAAAUUUAUGUAUAUUCUACAGUAAAUUCAGUGCGAUUCGCUUCUACUAGUGGAAACGAUCCAGGAAAAACUGCUACUUUAGUAGAUUCAAUACCAGAGCCUCCUCCUGUGCCCGAUCCUGCGACUUUUAGUCAGUUGAAUGAGACAGUUCAGUCUUUGGCUGCAAAUGGUGAGCCAACUUUUGCCAGUAUGGGUCUCGGUGGUUGGACUCCCGUUGGACUUGUACAAAACUGCUUAGAGUACUUACAUGUCUCUUUAGAUAUACCAUGGUGGGGAGCCAUUGUAAUAGGUACUGUAGUCGUCAGACUUGUUAUGUUUCCUUUGGUGAUAAUAUCUCAGAGAAAUGCGGCGCUUAUGAAUAAUAAUCUACCAGAAAUCCAGUUACUACAGAUGAAAAUGACCCAAGCUAGGCAAUCUGGUAAUCAACUGGAAACUGCACGUUAUGCACAAGAGAUGAUGUUGUUUAUGAAAGAGAAAGGAUUGAAUCCAUUGAAAAAUGCCAUGGUACCGUUAGCACAGGCUCCACUUUUUAUAUCUUUUUUCAUGGGAUUAAGAGGUAUGGCAAAUUGUCCUGUUGAAAGUAUGACACAAGGUGGAUUGUGGUGGUUUGCUGAUUUAACUGUACCUGAUCAAUAUUUUUUACUACCUCUUUUGACCAGUGCUACAAUGUGGGCUACUAUUGAGCUUGGUGUGGAUACUGGACGACUUCAGGCACAAAACAUGCAAAUGAUGAGAUAUUUCCUAAGGGCCAUCCCGAUUGUCAUGAUACCAUUCACUAUCAAUUUCCCUGGAGCUAUUCUAGUUUACUGGUGCUCUAGCAAUUUUAUAUCAUUGGUUCAAGUUGGUUUUCUUAAGAUUCCAAGUGUCAGAGAUUAUUUUAAGAUUCCAAAAGUCGUUGUACACACUGCUGAAAGUCUUCCUAUCCAAAAGAAGGGUUUUGUGGCUGGAGCAAAAGAUUCAUGGACAAAUAUCAAAAUUUCCAAAGAACUCGCUGAGAGGCAGAGGGUUGAUGAAAUGCUAUUUACGAGAGCAGGCAAAGGACCACUUCAGAAAACUUAUAAAUAUGAUCCUACAAAAUUAUCUAAUGUUGAUAUAAAAUCUAAAUAGAUUAUAGUCUGUAAUUAUGAUAUAGUCUGUGAAUAUAUUAGUCUAUUAUUUGAUUAAUUUCU